CGCCCACUACCAUAACAAGUUUCAGCUCCUUCUGUUCUUGAGCAGCCAAUGAAGACCAGAGACGGGUUUUUGUUACAAACCUACAUAGGUUUGUACAGGAAGUAAGUCUGGAAUUGAGUACUGUGACUGGGCAGGAGAUGGCAGAAAGAAGUGACGAGUCAGGAAGUGAGAUGGGGUUUGAAGAAGAUGGUGGGAGAGAUAGGAGUGUAUGGAACAUAAUAUGAUUGAGAAAAUGAAAAAAAAGGAAAAGAGAAUGUCUAACCCAGAGGAAACAGAUAGCGAGUAAAGUGUUAGCUUAGUAACAAAACAGGAAGAGGAACACAAAGUAAUCAUAAAAUUAUCUCAAGAAGGGACAACAUUUGGUGAGUGGAAUCCAGUUCAGCUAACAAAAUCGAUAGACAAACUACUGGGUGAGGUAAAAUGUGCUAAAAUAUUGAGAAGUGGAUCACUACUGAUUAGUUCUAGAAAUAAAGCCCAGCAAGGGAAAGCCAUGCAACUGAAUAAAAUAGAUGGUAAUAGAUGGUUCAUUGUUCGUUGAUUGGAUAUUAAAAAAUGGGUUCGAGGAGUCAUCUCAGGGAUACAGAGGAACAGGGAUACAGAGGAACAAAUAAAAGACAAUGUCUCAGGGGCAAAAGUACUAGAAGCAAAACGUCUUAAAACAACUAGAAAUGGGGAGAAAUGCGACAGCUUGGCUGUGAUGAUUAAGUUUGACAAAUCUAGACUGCCAAGUAAGGUGUACAUAGGAUAUAUGAGCUAUGAGGCCAGACCAUAUAUUCCUCCACCACUGAGAUGCUUUAAAUGCCAAAAAUAUGGCCAUGUAGCAGCAAUAUGUAAGGGCAAACAGAGAUGUGGUAGAUGUGCAGGCAAACAUGAGUAUGGGAAGUGUGGAGGAGGAGUAAAGUUCAAAUGCUGCAACUGUGGAGGAGAGCACAGCUCAGCUUACCAUGGCUGUGAAGCCAGCAAGAAGGCAGCGGAGGUGCAACAAGUGAAGACAUUGCAAGGAAUAACGUAUGCGGAAGCAGUAAAGAAAGUGUCUGGUGAAAGGAAAGGAUACAAACCAGAAAAUAAAGAUAGACCUUGCGGGAGCUGUGAAAAGAUUGCGGUGAGUGUCCUGACAACGCUGGAGCGCCGCUUUAACUUGCAGAGUGCUGAUGUGGGUGUGAUAGCCAGCAGCUUCGAGAUUGGCAACCUGGCGCUCAUCCUGUUUGUCAGCUAUUUUGGUGCCAGAGCUCACCGACCACGUCUGAUUGGCUGUGGUGGAAUUGUCAUGGCACUGGGUGCACUGCUAUCUGCACUGCCUGAGUUCCUCACCAACCAGUAUGAGUACAAAAGCACUAAAGUGUGGAGGAAAGAGCCAGGACGGGACAUGUGCUCCAACAUGUCAAGGAGAGAUGUGGAUGAUGGUGGCCUAUGCAGCAACAAAGCCAACACCAACAUGAUGUACCUGCUGCUGAUUGGUGCCCAAGUUCUACUAGGUAUUGGAGCGACGCCUGUACAGCCUCUGGGAGUGUCCUAUAUAGACGACCAUGUGCAGAAAAAAGACUCGUCUCUCUAUAUUGGUAUAUUAUUUUCAACCUUGGUUUUUGGACCUGCUUGUGGCUUCAUUCUUGGUUCGGUCUGCACCAAAUUCUAUGUGGACGCUGUCUUUGUUGAUACCAGGUCACAGGGAACCUGGAGCCUAUCCCAGGGAGCAUCAGGUACAAGGUGGGAUACACCCUGGACAGGGUGCCAAUCCAUCGCAGGACACAAUCACACACACGUUCACACAACCAUUCACACGCUAUGGACAUGCCAAUCAGCCUACCCUGCAUGUCUUUGGACUGGGGGAGGAAACCGAAGUACAUGGAGGAAACCCACACAGCACGGGGAGAACACGCAAACUCUGUGCACACAGGGCAGCGGUGGGAAUCAAAUGCCCAACCCCGGAGCCAAGCUGGACAUCACCCCGGAUGACCCUCGCUGGAUCGGAGCCUGGUGGGGAGGCUUCCUCCUCUGUGGGGCAUUACUUUUUUUCUCCGCUAUCUUCAUGUUUGGUUUCCCCUCAUCUCUGUCAGAGCGAUAUGGUAACAGCAGGACCCAGAGUGACCAGCCCAUGCUGCCAGUAUCUCAGAGUUAUGAGCAUUCAAAGCCAAGUAAUGGUGUCCUCCACAACCAUCAACCUGACAGCUCCUGCUGUGAACAGCUUCGAGUGAUUCCCAAGGUGACUAAACAUCUGCUGUCUAACCCGGUGUUCACCUGUAUUGUCCUUGCUGCGUGUAUGGAGAUUGCAGUAGUUGCUGGUUUUGCUGCCUUCUUGGGAAAGUAUUUGGAGCAGCAGUUUAAUCUUACAACCACCUCGGCCAAUCAGCUUCUGGGUAUGACAGCCAUCCCAUGUGCAUGUCUGGGCAUUUUUAUGGGAGGUCUUUUGGUGAAGAAGCUGAAUCUGUGUGCUCUGGGUGCUGUUCGUAUGGCCAUGUUGGUCAACCUGAUUUCCACCGCCUGCUAUGUGUCUUUCCUCUUCCUUGGAUGUGACACAGGCCCUGUUGCUGGUGUGACCGUCACCUAUGGCAAUGAAACCUUGCAGCCAGGCCAAACACCAGAAGCUCCAUGCAUUAGUGAGUGUAACUGCUACACAUCGUCCGUUAGCCCCGUUUGUGGCUCUAAUGGGGUCACAUACCUGUCCUCCUGCUUUGCUGGCUGCACCAGGUCCAUUAGCACUGGAGUGCUUCCUCGACCGGCUCAGAACCUGACAGGAUGUGCAUGCAUUUCUGGUGAUGGCAUUCCCUCCACAGUUGUGCCAGGCAAAUGCCCGAGUCCUGGGUGCCAGGAGGCUUUCCUAAUUUUCCUGUGUGUGAUCUGUGCCUGCAGCAUGAUAGGAGCCAUGGCUCAGACGCCCUCAGUCAUCAUCCUUAUCAGGACGGUCAGCCCAGAGUUGAAGUCAUAUGCACUUGGAGUUCUGUUUCUCUUAUUGCGACUGCUGGGAUUCAUCCCACCUCCUUUGAUCUUCGGUGUGGGGAUUGACUCCACCUGCCUGUUCUGGAGCAGCGAGUGUGACACAAAGGGUGCAUGCGUGCUAUAUGACAAUGUGGCCUAUCGCCACCUCUAUGUGAGCUUGGCCAUUGUGCUGAAAAUAAUUGCCUUCCUGCUGUACACCACCACAUGGCAGUGUUUACGUUGCAACUAUAAGAAGUACAUCAAGAAUAAUGAGGCGUAUGUGACGUCCACUGAAAUUUUCUCUUCCGACGUUAAUUUGGAUAGUUUGGGCAAAGACAUUAACAGGACAAAAUUUAUAUACAACUUGGAAGAUCAUGAGUGGUGUGAAAACAUGGAAUCUGUUUUAUAGUGGUUGGUACUUAUUAAUGUUGUUUGUUGUUUGUUUUUUGUUUUUUUGAAAGAAAAGCACUUGAUUUCCUCCUUCUAUGGUGAUGUGUUUAAGGUGCCAUUGGUCACUGUAAGAGACUGUUGCACUUUUUGAAUUAAUGCUAAUCUUUUUUUUUUUUGGUCCACUAUAGAAGAUGCAUCAGAGAAUGAUUAUUGUUCAGUUCCAUCGAUCUACAGUCAGGUUCAUAAAUAUUUGGAGAUGGUUAUUUUUAUUUGUCGACCACAGGAUAUUGAAGGUGGUAUGCUUUGGAUCAUGAGCAGUUUCCUCCCUUCCAAUUUUUUUUCUUCCCACUGUUGUGGUACACAUUGAUCUUUGUCUCAUCUAUCCAUAGGAUGUUGUUCCAGAGCUGUACAGGCUUUUGUUUAGAUUUUUUUUGGUUUGAAAACUUUAUUCUAGUCUUCAUGUUUUUGAGGUUUACCAAAGGUUUACAUCUUGUGAUAAGCCAUCUGUAUUCACUGUGGUGAAAGCUUCUCUUGAUUGCUGACUUUGACACAGGUACACCUACCAGGGUGUUCUUUCUUUUUAAGAAUGUACCAAAUAGUUGAUUUGGCCACGCCUAAUGUUUUUGCUGUCUCUCUGAUUGGUUUGUUUAGUUUUUUUUUGACUAAUAAUGACAUGCUUCACUGGCAGUGACAGCUUUUUGGACCUAAUAUUGAGAGUUAACAACAGCAGAUUCCAGAUUCAAAUGCCCAUCAACCCUAGACCUUUUAUCUGCUUAAUCUCCGGUUACUUUUGGUCCCUUAAAAAGGUGGGGACCACAAGUGCUGUAAUUCCUACACUGCUCACACGAUUUGGAUGCAAAUACCCUCAAAUUAAAGCUGAAAGUUUGCA